UUGGGAAGACACAUUAGAAAGUACAGAAGGGCGGAUUCCUUUCUUCCGUGUCAUGGCGUUUGCAGAAUAUGUCACCAAGGCUUUCUCAACGCCGACAAUCUCGUUUCUAGCCCUUCUGGGGGUCCUCCAAUGCAUUUCGCCGGCCCACGCAUCAAUCCCGCCUCGUCGAAGCUCCUACUACGACGACUUCGUUUCACUCAGGGGCUCGACAGACAUCGCCGAGCAUCAGUUUCACCGGCGUCCUUCUUAUAAUGGGCAUCCAGAUAGCCAAUAUGUUGCUUUAUCGGACAACAAAUCGAACCCGUCCUCGUUGCAAACUCAGGUUCGGAAGAUGAGUGCGAUCAAUCGUCUGCUACAGCCUUUCGUCCGACGAGACACCAGCUCCACGUUAGCCACUGACACUUGCCAGACCGUCGCAAGAUCUGCUCUUGAACGAGUUUCCGACGAUCUUACCGAUGAUGCCCGUCGUCCUGUAACACGGCAUGUUAGUUUACGACUCCGUAGGCGGACUGUUACCGAAGAGGAACGUGCCGACGUAAAAGAAAUUGUAUUACCUGCCAUUACGGACCCGAUCAUUGACACUGCAACGUGGGAGCGGCUGACGGGACGUGAGUUUCAGGAACAUCCCGAACUUAUGCAGGACUUGGCCGUUAUGGGUGAGCAGGUAGCUCGAGUGGACACGUCGAACACGUGGAUAGCGUGGACUUGCCACGACAAACAAGAAAUGGAUUUGGCUGCUGGCGAUAUUCAAACCUGGACUGGUAAAUCGAAAAGAGAUGGGUAUGGAUCAAAUUUACCUUGGAUCAAAACUCGUUCAGUUGUACCAAUGACCCCAGUAGAAAUGGUUGAUUUGCUCAUGGAUUCAUCCCGUGUGACGACGUACAAUCCAUGGAGUAUUGGCAGGGAAGAUUUAUGGGUAUCCGAAGACAAUAACUCCAAAAUUGUCCGGAAUCGCACCCAGCCACCGCUUGGCUCCAAAGUCAUGGUUGCCACGACGCUACUGCAUGCGCAACAGCUCGACGACGGCGCAUGGAUGUUGGUCAGCCGAGCCGUUGGUGGCGAUGUGUACCACGACAGCUCCGACAAGAAUGCCAGCAAGUCGGACAUAUUACUUGGGGUCAACCUGUUGGAGCCAUAUAGCGAUCAUUCAUCAGUGUUAACAGCAGUUACCCACGUUUAUUCUUCUGCUGUUCCAUUGAUGCUCGCCGAACGCCUGGGAGUGAAGAGUGCCGUAAAAUUUGUCAAGGACAUCAGAUCCGCCAAAAUACCUGCAAUAUAG